AUGGUGAGCAACUUCUAUGAUGAAAAUAUGGAAUUAUCUCCAUCGUCGUUGUUUCGACUCUCUCUGCAAGCAGUUGCGAGAACUAUGUUUGAAUAUCACUGGUUUCCUUCCAUUGAGAAUCCCCUACCGUCGGAAAUUUCCGAUUCGUUGAUGACUACGCUUCGUCUCAGCAGUUGGCUUAACAGCGAAACAAUAGCUCUCUUUGAUAAACGUUUCCGCCUAACUGAGGUGUAUUUAUCAUACUCCUUGUUGACGGCAAUGCCAACUGAAGUGUUGCGGAUGCACCCAAUAAAACGUCUUACUAUUCGUGAUACUUCAGCUGGGGAUUCCGUUCGCGAUUUGCACAGUAUUUUGCACUUGCUUGGACCUCAUGCAUUGAGGUCGUUGGAAUAUAUAGACAUGUCUGGCAUAACACCAGUUACAUGUAUAAGUUGUCUAGCAGAUUUGAAGUACUUGACAACUUUAAUUGUUUCCGAAACACCAGUAUUUGGGGAUGUUGAAUUAAAAACGGUGUGUAAAGAGAUGCGUUUUUUGAGAGUUCUUGAUUUAUCGCGAACAGUUAUCACAUCAGUUGCUCCAUUAAGUAAUUUAAAAGACACUUUGGAAGUACUUGUUAUGCAUCGACUUAAGUUUUCUCACGUAGCAACAAAUGGCGCUGUGGAUACAUUGCAACUUCUCAAUAAAUUAACAUUUUUGGAUAUAUCGGAUAAAAAAGUUGAUGUACUGGCAAAUAGCAUUGGUGAGCCACUUCAAACUGAUAUCGGAACAUUGGUAGUCCGUGAUGUGGUAGCACUCGGCGUGCCUUGGUGGCCGAAUCUUCGUUUUCUAGACAUUGCUGGAAAUGCAUUGAGUUUUGAUAAUCUUGUACUUACUAUUGAUUACAUUACGAAAUUCAUAUCUAUGCAUCCACAUUUGGUCUGCAUAUCUGUUUUGGACACUUCUUUAAAUCGACAUCCUUAUCAAUAUCCAUACGAAAGGGAUAAACCAUUGCAAAUAGCUAAUGGUGGCACACGUGCUCAGUGUCUUCUUGCACUGCAACUAUAUUGGCGUCCAGAUCGAGAAGCUUUUGCAUCACAUGCAUUACAAGCCGUAUACUAUCUUCUGCAAACUUCCUAUGAUGAAUUUCAGUCUGCUGAUUUGCGUCUGACUGUCCGGGGUGUUAUAUUAUCGAUGCUUAAUCACAAAAAAAACAUUGCAAUACAGAUGGCAGGGAGCGCUUGCCUUUAUCAUCUCUGCAAAUCGAAGCGAAUCAAUCAACUUACCGCACAGGAGACGCGAUGCUGUGUAGAUCGAUGUUUGGAUGCCGCAGAAAAUCAUCCUCGGAUGGUUCAGCUUCAAAAGAAUGUUUGGCUUACAGUAUGUAGCGAUCACUUAUUACAGUCACUAAAUUUUGAUAUAUUUCGGACAUGUGAAGUGGCUUUAGAAUCAAUGGUAAACACGCGAGAUCCGUCCGUUUCAAGAAUGACGAUCGCAGUGGUAUCAAUUUUGGCACCAAAAUUGCCGACGAAGCAAAGUCAUCGUUUAGCUACAAAUAAACGAUAUGUUGCACAUUUGAUUGAAAUGAUCAAUGAAAAUCUAGAUAAUCCCGACAAUGGACAUGAUAAUUUCAAUAAUUUUACAGUGAAAUUUACUUUAUCUGCACUCUGGAAUUUAACAGGUACACUACUUAUAAUGGACGAAUCACCUGUUACAUGUCGAUUAUUCGUGCAGCUUGGUGGCAUUGCAGCGGCAUUUGGCGUUUUGGAACACUACCAAAAUAAUACAAAUAUACAAACUAAGAAUAACAUUGCGGAAGUGAAAGGCCUAAAAAAGCGAAUAGUGCAUCACCGUUAUAUUCGAACAGUUCUAGAGUUGCUGGAAAGUGAUCUAAUGCCCGAUAAUUACUCUACAACUGUUGGUAAUGCAAGGCAUAUCGAUGUUUCAUAUUUCGCUGCUGGAAUAUUGGCUAAUCUGUUAGACUGUGGCCCAUGGACGUUUGAACCAACAUCGCAUCAUUGUAAUCAAUCAUUAAUAAUGGCAGUGAAAAGAUGGCCCAAAGCACUGCUAACUAUGGUUGCUUAUCGGUCAUUCGUGCCAUUUUUUGUGUUAUUGAAACAUGAUGACAUAACUGGAGCGCAAAUGUGGGCUGCAUGGGCAAUCCAGCAUGUGUGCAUCAGUGAUAAACAAAACAACUAUAUAAAGUUACUUCUCUCACAAGGAGGACGAGAAGAAUUUAUACGCUUAGCCAAUUCGAGGUUUGCUCACCCAGAUGCUAUACGACUUGCUCAUUCCGUUCUCAGUUUGAUCAAAAACUCUAUUUGCGACCCGUCAAAACCCAAAAAUUGA